GCUCUUGGCGAGGAGGUGCGUCGACUCCGGGGGAAAGUGGGUACCGCGGGGCCAAGGCUCCUGGGCCAGCGGAUCUCCUACACAGCCCCCCGAGGCCAAGACUCACUGGCGGGAGUGUCAAGGCGACGUGGUAGCAGCCACCAAGCCUAUCCGAUAGCUUGAAAAAGACCCCCGUGAGACUGGAAUUGACUUGGUGAAUGAGCUAACCCCUCUUUUGAACAAGAGAAGCUUGAAAGUAACUUUGCUCUCACAGUCGUGGCUGCAAAGCAGCCAACCUCGCUGCGUUUAACCCCCAGUAAACUGCUUGUGCACCCAACUCCAACUCAGCAUCUGCUUCCUGGAGGACCCAGCUGAUCUACCUAAAGCAGUUUUAAAAACUACCGAUGUCCUCAGAGAUUUUUAUUUAAGUGGUCUGGGGUGCUACCUGGGUGCUUCCACUGGAACAGAACAGGAGAAGAGCUGGGCCUUUCUCUUUCCCAUCCCAGGAAUUCAGACAUGACCAGGAAGAUCUUCACAAAUACCCGGGAACGGUGGAGGCAGCAAACUGUCAACAAUGCCUUUGCCAAGCUGAGGAAGCUCCUCCCCACUCACCCUCCAGACAAAAAGCUGAGCAAAAAUGAAACACUUCGCCUGGCAAUGAGGUACAUCAACUUCUUGGUCAAGGUCUUGGGGGAGCAAAGCCUGCAGCAAACGGGAGUGGCUGCUCCAGGAAACAUUCUGGGACUCUUCCCCCCAGGGCCCCACCUGCCAGACAGGACUCUCCUCGGUGACUACCAGGUUCCUUCCCCUGGCCCAAGCCACCACAUUCCUUAGUGUGGCUCCAAUUCUCGUCACCCAGGGCAGCACUUGUUCAGAAGUCGCUGGCUAUCAACCACCUUUUGCAUGUUGCGGAGUCAACUUGAUGAAUAAUUUGUGAGGCAUGAAUUUAAGCUUCAUUAGGCUGUGGCUCGGGGACAGCUGCAGGGAGCCAAAAGGAGGUCACGAGGAAUGUGGCUUUGGAGUCCACCACCCUCUGGGCUUCAACCAGAGCAGGCUGUCUCUAUUUUAUAUAUCCAGGACCUCCAUAAGAUGUUGUUUGAAGAAAAAAAGAUGAUAGGUUAAAAACAGGUUUGAAAAUCAUUGUUUCACUCAAUGUGUUUUCAGUUAUAAGGAAGGAGUUUUCUAAUGAUGCAUGUCGGAUGAGUAGAAGAUGCUUCCCUCAGAACAUAUUUUAAAGUUUUUUUUUGAAAAAUGAGGCAUAUUUGGCCAAGGGUGAACAAAAUAAGUUCAGGUGGAGAAAUGUAAAGAUAGCCCUUACAGCAACCAACCAGGAGGCUUAUGGGAAAACCUAUGGAGAAAAGAUGCUCCCGACAUGUGAAGAUUACAGGAACACAGCCGAUACAUGUGGAAGAACUCUGCAUCCUCUAUGGAAACACGAGAUGUUACUUGCAUCGAGCCAUUUCUAUGUAUGUUAUCUCUAAAGCCAAAUGGUGGAUUAUAUCUGAAGAGGAAAUUACUUGAUAAUUUAUAAAUCAGAGUUCAUAGUUUUCUUGUGAAAAAUGGUUAGCUAAAAUAGGUUAUCUAACCCCUCAGUUUCACAUGUCAGGUAUGAAAAUUUCAAAUUCAGCCUGAGUUCCUGCUGAUUUAAGACCCGUAAAAUUCAAAUAUGAUUAUGAAAAUCCAAACGUUACCAUUUAAUGACUCAUUUAACAGAGAGCUUAGUUUCAACAAAAGAUUGAGAGCAGACAAUAGGAAUGUAAUACCAGACUCUAAUGAAUUAAUGAAUUUGUAAUUUGCUCAAUCUUACUUAUGCUGGGAGGGGUGGUACCCACAAGUCAGUGGAACAGGGUAGAUCUGGAGAAACUCUUCAUCACAUGCUACCCUGAUGAUGCUUGUGUUCAAACCUGAAUCCCAUAGUUGAGCCCGAGAUACAAAUGUCAUUUGAAUGUCUUUGGGACAUUUUAUUUCCUCAAAGUUCUUGACGAUACAUUAAUUUUAAAACCUUCUGAACCAAGGGUAGGAAAUCAAUGAAUUUGCCAUAAUGGAUUUCCAGUGUAUACACAAUACACUGGAAUUUAAAUUUUCUGCUACUCUAGAAAGAAAAUAUUUGAUUUAUGAAAGGUUGACAUGAGCUUCUUUGGUUUGAUGAUCAGAAGAAAGCAGGAUGAGGCGCCCCAAAUCGUAAGGCCAUUGUGCCAUUAAACUGUAUACAUCAUUCACACUUACUGUAGCACAUUGUGUUUAUCAGAAAACAUGCAUUUUCUUCUAGGUCCUUUCUUUAAACUCCACUCAGCAAACUCCGCAAUGGACCCAGAAUAGUCCAGGGAAACACUUACACCCAGAGACCAAGGGAUUUGCCCUGAAUGUACAUUUCAUUCUCACGAGCUUAUGUGGACUUAAGUUUGUUCCCAAACUACCAAAGCUUUGAUGACAGUUGUCAAUUGAACAGCAUUACUUACUCUCUCAUCUGGCCCUCAGUCAAACUAACACUUUUCACAGUAUUUGUGUAUUAGCUUCAUUUUAACAUGUUGCCAAGGAAGGCACAAAGGACCUCUUUGCCUGAUACAGGAUUUUAUUGCUCUUCUCAGAAUGAGUGCAUUUUUCUGCUGUUGGGGGUCAUGUCUGUGUGCACAGAGGACCUCUCCACUGAAAUGUAACAGAGAACUCCCGAAACGUUGUGGGGAGAUUGAGUUAUCAUUAAACUAUAUGGCGGGGGGGGGGGGGUAAUUAUUUAAAGGAAAUCCCUUUGAUAAUGAAUAAACAUUUAAAAUAUUACUUUAUGUAAUUCACCUCUUAAAUGACUUCUGUUGCAAGCUUGGAUUUUGGUAUAUCAAGUUGUGUUAAGUUAAAGUGGCUGUCAAAAGGAAUUGUGGGUACAUGUGGACCAAAGUCUUCGCAAGGUAUCCUUGAGCCUAAGAUAUAGGGAAGGUGAGUGAGCAGGGAAUGCAAGGAACAGAGAAUGCCAUGUGUAAAGGAAUAUAUACCACUCUGAGGGGCGGGGGGACAGGAAGGGGCCCACUGCCAGGGAGCUGAGACUGGAGCAGGCGGCAAGCUGACUGAAAAAUCACUCUGUAGUCUUCCUUGAUGUUCUGUACUUAAGGCUUUGUGAUUGUACUAGUACUCAUUUGUGCUUUGAACGUAUUAUGUAGUCUACUGUUGGUAUAUCUCUUUAUGGAUCAUUUGAACCCAACAGAAGAGUUUAGAUAGAUUAUAUCAUCUGUGCUACUCUGUUACUUGAAAACAAGUGUUUGGUCUGUUAUGGACACCCCUGGAAACUUCUGGAAACCAGGUAUAAACAAGUUCAUUUAUUUAUAUAGAUCCUUAGAUUGGCUAAUUCUACUCCUCAUAUGACAGAGGAAAAAAUAGGUCCAGAGGGUUUGGAAGUGACUUUCCGGAGGUCACAUGGACAGGUAGUGGAAACCCAGGUCGGUGUCAGGUCUCCCGACCCAGAGCCCAGGCUCGCACAGCCCGAUUCAGGCAGUGAGUAUUUUAGGAUUGAAAACGGACAAGCACAUUAUUAUUACGCUCAUCUCUUUUCAAUUGCAUUCUGUCAUUUUCUUCAUCUGCCUUUUUAUUGAAAUUGAAUUAUUGUGCUUUGUAGAAUGUAAUUAGAGGUAUCAACCAAAGAUUUUACCUGUCGUUUUGUGAGCUU